AUGUCUUUUUCCAGUCUUGUUCAGGACCUCACUUUGAGGGAUUCUGGCGUCCCGCGCCGAUCCCGCGGUGAUCAAUCAGUCUCCACCAUGGACGACGGCCGGUCACAAAUCUCACGCGCCAUGUCCUACGCUAGCACUGCUGCGACGAGCGUCAGCAUCUCGGGAGACAUCUCGAGCCAGCUGCACGGUGGCUACUUCCAUCCCCUUGCCCGCUCGUGGCAAGCGGAGAGGCAAUUGACCAAGUCCAUGCUUAUCUACCCUCUCUUCGUUUCGGACCAAGACGAUGAGGAGGCCUUGAUCCCCUCUUUGCCCGGCCAAUACCGCCGAGGCAUCAACAAAACAAUGGCUUACGUGGAGACGCUUGUGCGCAAGGGCCUGCGCUCCGUGAUGCUCUUCGGCGUGCCCGUGCGUCCGGGAGUCAAGGACGCUCUCGGCACGGCUGCCGACGACCCCGAGGGGCCCGUCAUCAGGAGCAUUCGUGCGAUACGCCAGCGGUUCCCGCAGCUCUUCAUCUGCGCCGACGUUUGUUUGUGCGAGUACACGUCACACGGCCACUGCGGCAUCCUCCGCGACGACGGCAGCUUGAACAACCAGCUGUCGGUUGAUCGCAUCUCGGACGUUGCCAUUGCCUACGCCCUAGCCGGGGCUCACUGCGUCGCGCCGUCCGACAUGAACGACGGCCGCAUCCGUGCAAUCAAGCUGAAGUUGAUCGAGGAGGGCAUCGCGCACAAGACGGUGCUGAUGUCGUACUCGGCCAAGUUCUCGGGCUGCUUAUACGGACCGUUCCGCGACGCGGCAGGCUCUGCCCCGUCGUUCGGAGACCGCAAGUGCUACCAGCUGCCCCCGGGCGGGCGCGGCCUGGCGCGUCGCGCAAUCGUGCGCGACAUUGGCGAGGGUGCGGACAUCAUUAUGGUUAAGCCUGCCAGCCAGUACCUCGAUAUCAUCAGCGACGCGAAGGAGCUCGGCAAGGACAUGCCCGUCGCUGCCUACCAAGUCAGCGGCGAGUUCGCCAUGAUCCACGCGGCGGCCAAGUCGGGCGUGUUCGACCUGAAGCAGAUGGCGUUCGAGUCGACCGAGGGCAUCCUCCGGGCGGGGGCGACAAUCGUCAUCAGCUACUUCACCCCCGACUUCCUCGACUGGCUCUCAACUUAG